AUGGCCUUGACAUCAAUAACCUUCCACGAAUUACAUCAUAAAAUGCUUGCACUGAAAAAGAAGAGAGAGCAACAGCAGCUGAAUGGGGGCAAUUCCAAUACCUCAGCACGAGUGAUCAGUGGAGCACAAAUACGAGUACAAAAGGAUGUUACCGAGCUGGAAUUGCCACCGACUAUCGAACUGCAGUUUGACAAUCCAAACGACUUGCUACACUUCACAGUUACCAUAAAACCAGCUGAUGGACUCUAUAAGGGGGGAGUCUUCCCAUUCUCGUGUGAGAUAAGCGAAGAUUAUCCCAUAAAGCCCCCAAAAUUUUUGUGCAUUCCCAAAAUUUACCAUCCGAAUAUCGAUUUGGAGGGUAACGUUUGUCUCAACAUUCUCAGAGAGGACUGGAAGCCAAUUUUGAGUUUGACAUCAAUUUUGCUGGGACUGCAGAUUUUGUUUCUGGAACCUAAUCCGAACGACCCGCUUAACAAAGAGGCGGCCACAGAAUUGGCAAGGGAUAGACACAAGUUCAGUACGCUGGUUAAGAGAAGCAUGCUUGGGGGGUACGUUGGUGAAGUUCGGUACGAUCAAGUGUUAAGGAGGUGA